CUUCUCAGUUUGUGACCUAUCAGGACAGGCUUUAAAGCCUUGGCCUAGGCCUGCUGUGUGAAAUUUUUGCAGAAGGAUUUACCUGCUUGAACAACACCAAUGGCAGAAAAGAAAGAUUCCAAAUUGUCAGCCCCAAAGGAGAGUUCAGGAGAGCAAGACUCAAUCCAUGGCAUGGCUACUGCCUGUUUGGGCAAACCAGCAAAAGGAAUUCUCAAGCCAUCCACCAGCUUUGAUACUAAACCAGAAAGGAAACAAGCCAAAUUUGAUGAAAUGAACAUCCUGCAAACCUAUCAUCCAGCAGACAAGGAUUAUGGGCAUAUGAAAAUAGAUGAACCAAAAACACCAUAUCAUUACUCAGCAGACGAUGAUAAGGAGCAAGCUGUUGAUCCUUCUGCUUUGGCCCAGAAACUUGCAGAGAGUAGGGAAGCAGAGCCAAAAUUCAUGUCGGAACCUACAAUCCAAGAGACAGAAACAGAGGAAGAGAGGAAGCGAAGAGAAGAGUUUGAGAAGAGAAGGAGGGCCCACUAUGAUGAGUAUGCAAAGGUGAAGUUGGCUCGAGCAUUGAUAGCUCAAGAAGCUGAUGAAGAUGAAGAUGAAGAAGAAUCUGGACCAGCUGAGGAGAAGAAGUCUGGAGGGGAAGAGAAUGCAAAUCUAGAUGAUGAGGACGAGGGUAUGGAGGACUGUGAUAGUGACGACAUGAAGGACGAAGAGAGUUGAACUGGUUCUGGUCUUAUUCUCUCUUCACUCCUCUCAUGCUCCAUUCUUUCUUUCUCCACUGUGACAAAAGUGAUCUACUUAGUGUGGAAUCUGUGAUUCAUGAGAGAGUGGGAGUGCAAGUGCAGACCACUUGGCUUCUCUUUCUCAUGAGAGCCCUUCCUCAACCGGAAGGGCUUUUAAAAUGAGAUCCUCCAUGUCUCAUCCUCCCUCAGUUGCCCUGUGAUAUGUGCCAUUCUCAUCUGGCAUCUUUCAAGAUCCAGCUUCCAAUGCUCAUCCAUUCAGAAGAGCUGGGAGUUAUGACUGCCUGAGAUUAGGGUCAGCCAAAUAGACGUAAAUUAUGCUCUAUGCAAGUUGAUUUUUAAUCUAAGUGCAGGUAUUAUGAUGAAUUCAUGUAUUAUGGUGACUGAUAACAAGGCUUGGUUAUUGCUGCCUGGCCAUCAGGCUGCCUCUGAUGAUGAUUAAGGAGCCUGAAACUUUCAUGUUCAUGAGUCUCACUGUGUGUCAUUGUCUAUGGUUAGGCUACAGGCAGUCACCAACUCUCUCAACUGGUGACUAGGUUGACUCACUGCUCCAUGCAUGAGCAACUGUAUCAUUUGGCCAUCCAUUGUGUCUUGUAACAUCUCCAUUCAAUGGUUUGAACUGCCAGCUCUGAAUGUAAAAACAAGUACAACAUAAACCAAGUCUGAGCUAGCUUAACUUCAAUCUCAAUGCUGGUCAGUGCUGAUAUGACUUGAUAAAUGAAAUUACAAGAAGUAGUAUAGAAAUUCCUGUACUGUUAUGUGUCUGCAGGUGCUCAUAGGGCAUUUUCUCGCAUAAAAAGGAGCUUUUAUUGUGUAGUAGUAAGAGGAGAGGAGUGCUUGAAUUAAUCUGUUAACCAUGUGCCAGCAUGUCUGGUGUAAUAUUACACCCUAUUAUGCCACUAAUUAUUUUUACCAUUAGGAUCAACUACUCUUGACCAAAUAGUUACUCUAAAUAGCAGGCAAGAUCAAGUGCACUACUGGAGAAGUUAACAUUUUUCUAAGAACAUGCAGAAAAGUUGAGAACUGUCUUAAGUAUACAUGAGCAACUGGGACCAGUGUCAAGUACAGAUAAGGAUUUAAUGGUAUUCAUGGAACAAUGCUGUCCAUCAAUGUUUUUAAAUACCUUUCCUUGUUGAUCGUAUCGUCGUAUCAUUCAUAUCCAUUAAUGCUUCCAGAUUUUCUUUUAAUGCAUCCAAUUUGGAAUUAUUUCUGGUUCAGUGAAACAGAAGAGCCUUGAUGUUGGGGAAAAUUGUCGACAAGAAAGAGGCUUGACCAAAGACUGCAUGAAUGUCAAAGAAAAAGACUCAUUUUCUCUUUGUUUAUGAUAUUGCCUAGAUUAGAGGAUAAGAGGCAAGUGGAGGCUUUUGAACCUAGUCCCUAGGCUUUAGAAGACCUGGUGACCCUGUGGCACAGGUGUGUGAGUCUUGCUUCCAUGCAAGAUGUUCACAGUUAUCUUGAAUGAUGCCAACAUUAGGUGAAUGAAAAUACAGAAUGAUUGUGAAUAUUCAUCUGAGUAGCUACUUUUUUGUUUUUGGUCAUGCAAGAAAACAUUGACCGGGGACCGUACAGAAUACCUGGGCAUGGCAUCAUUUUACAGCAGCUGCAGGUUCACCUGGUGGAAUGUCGCUGAGUGGCAAAUUUUCACAAAUAGAUUGUGCUGUGACUAUCCUAGAUAUUGGCCUGUGACUGCUUCCUCACUUUUCCAAAGCAGACUGGAUAAUGUGUCUUAUUGACACCCUCAGAUUCUGAAUCAAUCUUUUUAUCCAGGUUGCAUUUUUUGUUUACACUAUCAUGAGAUGCUAAUUUGGAUUGAUGUGUACAUUGAGUUGGCAUGUUUUGGGCAUUGAGAGCAAUAUAAAGCUGGCAAC